GCUCGACAAUCGCCGGCCGCCCUUGCACCGGUGGCAAGCCAAGGCACCAACGCUGGCAGCCGGCGCGUCGUGGCAUUGUGCAAGCAGAACAGGAUCAGGGAAGCUGCUAGCCUCUUCGAUCAGCAUCCGACUCCCUUCAGCGCGUCGGCACUCAUCUCCGCAUGCGGGAGGCGCCGCGACCUCAAGCAGGCGCUUGGCGUCUACGCAAAGUUCAUCGCGAGCGGCCACCAACCGAAUGCCGUGCUCAUCGGCUCGCUUGUCAGCGCGUGCCGACGCUGCGGUGAGCCGGGCAGGGCGCUUCGCCUCCUCGACGACCUGGACCGAUUCGACAUCGCGAUCGAUGAGUCCAGCUUCCACAUGCUGGCGGCGGCGUCCGCUGAAGCUGGCGACGCGGCAGCAGCCAAGAGGCUGCUGGUCCGGCUUCAAGAAGGUCGCCUGCCCUUCAAGGCCAACAGUGUCGACUGCGGGCAGCUCAUUAAGGGUCUGGUCACCGGCGUAGACCCCGAUUCCGCCGGGGCCAGUUCGAGGAUCGCUGACGCGCUGGCCCUGUUGGAGCUGAUGGAGGAGCAGGCCAUCGCGCAAAACAGCUGCCAUUUCACCCCUGUCCUCGCAGCGUGCGCUGCCACUGGCGAAGCAGCGAUCGGGCGACAGCUUCACACACGUAUCGUCGGCAGUCAAAGCCAAGCCGUCGUGAACGACUACACCACGGCCGCCCUGAUCAGCAUGUACGCCAAGUGCGGGUUUGUCGACGAAGCCGCCGGCGUGUUCGCCGACAUGCGGCGCUUGCAGCAGGACGGGCGAUGCGAGCUGCGGGUGGGCUCCUGGUCGGCCAUGAUCCAGGCGCUGGGUCAGCACGGCCGAGGCAAGGAGGCACUCGCGCUCUUCGACGAGAUGGUCACCGACCGACACGCAACGCCCGAUGGUGUGGCCGUGAACACCGUGCUCAGCGCCUGCAGUCACGCCGGACUGGUGGAGGAGGCGCUCCGGGUCUACAGCGGCCUCGUUGCGGGGCGCUACGGGGCCAUCGCACCCGACAUCCAGCACCAGACUUGCGUCGUGGAUGCCCUGGGCCGAGCGGGUCGGCUCGACGAGGCCGAGCAGUUCAUCGACACCAUCUCGCGACCGAGCGAGGUGACCUGGCGAACACUACUGGGGGCCUGUCGCAUCCACGGCGACGUUGCCCGGGCCGAACGCGCCGUCGCGCGCCUUCGCAAACUCGCACCGAGGGACGCGCCCACGCGCGUGCUGAUGGCCAACGUCUACGCUGCCGCCGGCCACUGGGAGGAACGGGACCUCGAGCGAAAGAAUAUGGACAAGGCUGGCGUGCGAAAGCGGCCGGGCAAGAGCUGGCUGGUCGUGGACGGGACACGGCAUGUCUUCACGGUCGAGGACAAGCGGCACCCACGAAUCGAGGAGAUCCGCGCCGAGCUCGCCGUGCUCUGGCAGAGGAUGAAGAAUGCUGGAUUCGUCCCCAACACGUCGGUUGUGCUGCGGUCGAUGGCAGACGAGGAGGCCAAGGAGUGCCAUCUGUGCCACCACAGUGAAAAACUUGCGAUCACCUUCGGGCUGAUGAGCACGCCGCCGGGUACGACCAUCCGCGUGUUUAAGAACUUGCGCGUGUGCCCCGAUUGCCACGAGGCCACCAAGUUCAUCGCCCACCUGACCGGGCGGGACAUCGUUGUGCGUGACGCCAACCGGUUCCACCACUUCCAUGGCAGCGGCCAGCACUGUUCGUGCGGCGACUACUGGUAA